AUGUGCCUCUGUCGUCUGCUCACGCUGCUGACGGCUUCCGCUUUUUAACCUAGGCCUGUGUAUGGCUUCCGAAUACUGCUGCCUCCACCGCCACCCUGCGCCAUGUGCCUCUGUCGUCUGCUCACGCUGCAGACGGCUUCCGCUUUUUUUAAACUAGUCCUGUGUAUGUCUUCUGAAUACUGCUGCCUCCACCGCCACCCUGCGCCAUGUGCCACUUUCGGGUCUCCUCACACUGCUGCCAGGUCCAGAGUGUGUCAUGGGUCCCUGUACGGCCUCCCAUUGCUGCUGACUUCAUCGCCAGACUCUGCCAUGUGCCACUUUCAGGUC